AUGUCUGGAGGGACAAGGAAGAAACACAGCACAACAUGCGACGACUUCAUUGUGCUUGAAAGCAUUGGCACGGGAACAUUUGGCAUCUGCAGCAAAGUCAUGCGCAAGAGUGAUCGCAAGAUUUUGGUGUGGAAGGAGCUCAACUACGGCAAGAUGACGGAGCGGGAGAAACAGAUGCUGGUGUCCGAGGUCAACAUCUUGCGGGAGCUCAGACACGAAAACAUCGUACGCUACUACGACAGAAUCAUUGAUCGGUCACGAACGACCAUCUACAUUGUGAUGGAGUAUUGUGAAGGCGGCGACCUCUCUGGUGUCAUCCAGCAAUGCAAGCGCACAGGCACGACGCUUGAGGAGCCGUUCAUUCGCCGCGUCUUCAAGCAAGUCCUCCUCGCACUGCAGGAGUGUCAUCUGAGAUCGAGUGGAAAAGUGAUGCAUCGCGACCUCAAGCCAGCAAACAUCUUCCUCGAUCGAGACCAUAACGCCAAGCUGGGCGACUUUGGAUUGGCCCGCGUGCUUGCAAGCAAGGCGGCGCUUGCACACACUUUCGUCGGCACACCAUACUACAUGUCGCCGGAGCAAAUCACGGAGCGCGCGUACAACGAGAAGUCAGACAUGUGGUCACUGGGUUGCAUCGUGUAUGAGCUUGCUGCGCUGCGACCGCCAUUUGACGCAAGUUGCCAGGCGUCAUUGGCGCGGCGCAUCAGGAAAGGUCGCUUCUCGCCGCUCCCCUCAAGAUACUCUGCACAGCUCAAUGCCAUCGUCACGUCGAUGCUUCAGCAAGAUCCGCGCAAGCGACCGUCUGCGGAGGAGUUGCUUGAGCACAGCUACUUUGCACAACCGCCUAGCCCGAGGGCAGGCUCCGAUCUUACCCCUGUCCCGCUCUGUGCACACUGCUCCCGUCGCAUUGGCCGCGCUGAGAUGUGGAGCGACGCUGGCUCCAGUGAGGAGAGCUCGUGCUCGAGUCACUCGAGCGCGCACGACAAGGCAGCAGACCUGAGGCAGUUGGAGGCGUCGCUGAAGGCGCGUGAGCAACGACUGUUGACGCGUGAACGGGCGUUGGAGCAGAGGGAACGCGACCUUCGUCUGCGAGAGAAAUAUGUGCAACAACGAGAGCAGCUGCUGGACAUGGCGCGGGAACGAACGAAUCCACUGGCCACGCCAGGCUUUGAUGCGAGGCUACAGAAGCGACUUGCCGGGAUUGGUCUGCAGGAAAUCACAAACAUCUUUCCGUGA